AUGUGUGAUAUUUUGUUAAUUGAAGCAUUUUAUGAUGGUUCACACCGUUGUUUGAUUGAUCUUCUGCAUCGAACGUUGUCACCUCGUUCCAUUUUAGUGACAUUGCCCGGCACAAAGUGGCCAUGGCGUGCGCGAUGUUCGGCAUUGAUUCUCGCGGAUAAAAUACCGACCAAUGAAACAGGUUCACUGAAGUAUCUGUUUACUUCGUCGAUUGUCAAUCUAAGUGAACUGCUUUCUCUCCGAACUGAUCUUCGAUCGUUGAAAACGAUUGUGUAUUUUCAUGAGAACGAAUUCGCUUAUCCGAAACAGAAUGAACAGCAAGAACAACGAGAUUUUCAAUAUGGUUAUAAUCAAAUAUUGACAGCCCUGGUUGCUGACGUUUGUCUCUUCAAUUCGUUCUAUAAUCUCAACACAUUUCUCGACAAACUCGGACCAUUUCUAAAUCGAAUACCAGCGCCCAAAGCAAAUGUUCAGCACAUUCGACAAACAAUCGAACACAAAUCUCGCGUAUUCUACUAUCCGUUAGACAAACCACUCAUUUCGAUUGAAAGAAACAACGAUAAAACUGGGCCAUUGUGCAUCGUCUGGCCUCAUCGUUGGGAGCAUGACAAAGAUCCAGAAAUGUUCUUUUCUGUGAUUCUUGAACUUCAUCAAACAUAUUCAUUAGCAUUCACUUUAAUCAUUCUUGGUCAAUCGUACGGUGAACAACCUGUGAUCUUCAAUGAGAUUCGCUCGAAAUUGCCACCGGAUUGUGUUCGUCACUGGGGUUUUGCUCAAUCGAAAGCUGAUUAUGAACAAUUGUUGCUCGAAGGUGAUGUGGUUGUGUCAACAGCUCAACAUGAAUUCUUCGGCGUCGCGAUGUUGGAAGCUUGUCGAGCAGGAUGCGUACCACUUGUCCCCGAUCGGUUAGCCUAUGUAGAACUUUAUUCUAAUGAACAGCAUCGAUAUCGAACGCGAACGCAACUAUUGAAUAAAUUGAAAAAUUAUUGUCAACAACCAGCGUAUGUACGAAAUAAAGCACCGAGACAAGACACUUCUUGUUUUGAAUGGGAAACAAAUGAAAAUAUUCGACAGAAGUAUCUGCAAUUGUUUCAAUAA